ACGGCAUGGUCACGUGACGCUCCUACGUCACAUGUAAAUCAGGAGCAAGAUGGCGGCCGCCGGAGGAGAACCUUCCACCACGAAUGUGUCGGAUGAAUUAUUUCAAAACUUUUACACGGAGGUGAAGCAGAUUGAGAAGAGAGACUCUGUGUUAACCUCCAAGCAACAGAUCGAGAGACUGCUCAGACCGGGGGCAUCCUACUUCAAUCUAAAUCCCUUUGAGGUGCUGCAAAUUGAUCCAGAGGCAACAGAUGAUGAGUUGAAGAAAAGAUUUCGGGCGUUGUCCAUUUUGGUCCAUCCAGACAAAAAUCAGGAUGAUCAAGACCGAUCACAGAAAGCCUUUGAAGCUGUGGACAAGGCAUACAAACUCCUAUUGGAACCAGAACAGAGGAAGAGAGCCUUAGAUGUGAUCCAUGCAGGACAGGAAUAUGUGGAGCAUAACGUAAAGGAGAAAAGGAAACAGUUGAAGAAGGAUGGGAAGCCGCAGGAGGUGGAGGAGGACGACCCUGAAAUGUUUAAGCAAGCCGUGUACAAACAGACCAUGAAGCUGUUCGCAGAGCUCGAAAUCAAGAGGAAGGAAAGGGAAGCAAAGGACAUGCACGAAAGGAAAAGGGCACGAGAGGAAGAAAUUGAGACAGCAGAGAAAGCAAAGCGGGACAGAGAGUGGCAGAAAAACUUUGAGGAAACGAGAGACGGGCGUGUGGACAGUUGGAGGACCUUCCAGGCUAAAGGCAAAAAGACCAAGGAGAAAAAGAACCGGUCCUUCCUUAAGCCCCCGAAAGUCAAGAUGGAACAGAGGGAAUGAUGCUGAAAAAUGGGACUUUUAGAUUUAAACCCACUGUUAUAAAAACAAACCCAGUUGUGUGUGUCCUCACCUCGUCGUCUGCGGUCAGCUGUGAAGUCGUCAUCACAGUCAUCGGGAUACUUGUCGUACGAAGACUUCCCUCAUCAUGACAAACGUAGUUUUGUACUUGGUUUUCUAAUGUACAUAUUUGUGAUCUGGACCCAGAGAUCAUACUUUGCUCAUGUAAGAAAGAGAAACGAUGCAUCUUCCACUUCUGUAAGUGACGAGAAAAAUUUGGUUCGUCAUUGUUUUUGUUCUUUAUUUUUUUAAACUAAAUAAAACAUGGUCUUAACAAGCCUACCUUA